AUGGAAGCCAGCACAGACGAUGGAGACUUGCAUACUUCUUCUCGAGAUCCACCAAUUUUCGAUAUCAUAUCUGACGAUGAAGAGGACGAAAACGAGGAUUAUUUAAAAGAUGGAUACUUGGCCCUGGGCCAGCAACCAUCUGCCAGCAAAAGCAAAGUGGAUCAUGCGCCACCCCAUCGACAUGUCUAUUAUAUCGUGGAACCCAGUAACGGUGGGACACUCUAUCUCUACAGUGAAGAUGAACAGGGACAUGUUCGCCCUUUGGAGAAACUUCCUUUUACUGUAGAGGAUAUUGUCAUGCUUUCACCGCAUCGAACGGCUGAUGGAACAACCUAUAUUGGCAGAAAAUCAACUGUCAUGAUAGCUAUUGAUCCACGAACUGGAAAGAUCUUGCAGAAAUUCGAUUUGUCACGUAUGCAUGAUGUGCGCAAAAUGGCGGCGGGCGGCGAAUUACCUCCACAUACAAUAUUUCUUGGAAGACACGAGUACAAAUUGGCGAUUUUCAAUGGAGACAAUGAAAAAUGGUGGAAUGUGACAUACAGCGAAUUUGUACCGAACCGAUUGGACUGGGAUCUGCCGUUGAAUAGCGCCCCAGCCGAGAUUUACAUUGCACCGGACGCUAGUCGCGCUGUUACUGGCAUUAAAGUCUCCACAGGUGACUUGAUGUGGUCCCUGGAUCUACCAUAUCCUGUGGUUUCCGUCUUUGAUGUGUUCCGUCGGCCGGAUUAUACUAUUGUUCUUUCGAAACAAGAAGCACCGCAUCAUACGCUGACCAAAGGAAACAUUGGUAGAAUGCUAAGCAUGCUCAAACGAGGCGACGGACGCACCACUGCCUAUGUUGGCAUUCACGAUGGAAGUUUGUAUGCAUUAUCCACCGAGCGAUUCCCCUUGGUACAAAUUUCGCAAUGGUCUUCCAUCUACACCGAUCUACCUCCUGGUGCGACGUGGCCAAUGAUUGAAUCGGGCGACAAGAGAAAAACAGGCGAUCCUGAUCAAGACGAUGAUGAUUCUUACCCAGAAUGGCGGCCUAAACCACAUUACACAUGCUGUGCUGAAUGUGACUAUCAUACAGACUGUCUCGUAGGCCAGCAUGUGGUUCGCGAAAAGAAAGUUCGGCUGCCCGCCACUCUUCCUCCAUCGGAGAUCAGCACACCUAUCGUGCUUCCUCCCGGCACAUUACCUCCUGGGCCUCUAUAUGAGGAGCCCAAGACAGGAUUCUUUUAUGACGGCAUGGGUAAAUUCUGGAAGAGUUACGUGCUCGGUCUCGCUGUUCUACUGUAUUUCAAGAGACAACAGGCGAUGCAACUCUACACCAUUUACGCAGCACCUAUUCUGACAUGGCUUGUCACCAAAUUCCGCGAUUAUAAGUCCACCAAGCAACGUAAACCAUCCAAAUCGAAAAACAAAAAGCAUUCCACCACACCAGCAUCCUCCCAAACCUCUUCUACACCAACCUCGAUACCCACCUCUGCAUCUCCACCUACAUCAAUUGCAUCCAUUUCUUCAGAGCCGAAAACAGUGAAAGAAUCAAAUAAUUCUGUUCCGUCUUCCGACGAUAUGCGGGGAACUUCCCAUAGUCCCACGAAAUCAUCUUCUACGUCUCAGCAACACCAAUCCUCUUCCCUUCAGUCGGACCCCACUUCCACUGCGACACAGCUCAUUAGCAAUCCCUUGACUACUGAUACCGAAACGGCAACUGCAGGCUCUAAGGGAAUCGAUCUCGAAAAGUUUGAAUCAAAACCCAAAGUACUAUCUCUUUCCGAUACGGUGCUAGGCUAUGGUAGUCAUGGUACAGUUGUAUACGAAGGCUACUUUGACGGUCGAACAGUGGCCGUGAAACGUCUUUUGAUCGACUUUUAUGAUAUCGCUUACCAAGAAGUGAAACUACUCCAAGAGAGCGACGACCAUCCCAACGUGAUUCGUUACUUUUACAAGGAAGAAACAGAUCGAUUCUUAUACAUAGCUUUGGAGCUAUGCUAUGGGUCGCUUCACGAUUUCAUGGAACGAUCACUUACCAUACCCAAUAUGCAGCUUUUUGAUCAAAUGAAUCCUGCAAAUAUUCUAUAUCAAAUUAUGUGCGGCAUUCGGCACCUGCACUCUCUCAAAAUCGUGCAUCGCGAUAUUAAACCGCAGAAUAUUCUAUUGGCACCCAAUCGACAUCGCAAGUCGGAUGAUCCGUCGGCACUCCGCAUCCUCAUUUCCGAUUUUGGACUCUGUAAAAAGCUGGACGGCGAGGCAAGUAGCUUCCAUUACACUGCCGCGUCUCCAGCGGGCACGUCGGGUUGGCGAGCACCGGAAUUGUUGGCGGGCGCGUUAUCGGCCAAAGCGACCGAUACGAGUUUGAGUAGUCAAGGUGACAGACAUGGUCGGCAUGGGACAGAUCCUAAUCGUAUUGGGCCUGUGAAAGCGACUCGAGCUAUCGAUAUCUUUUCCGCCGGAUGUGUUUUUUACUAUGUCCUUAGUGGAGGAGAGCAUCCUUUUGGUAACCGGUUUGGAAGAGAGAGCAAUAUCCUGAAGAACGAUUACGAUUUAAGCAAGCUGAAAAACAUGGGCGAAGAUGGAGUAGAAGUGACCGAUCUCAUUGAACGGAUGAUUCAUCCCGAACCGCGGUCACGGUGA